AUGGAUGAUAUUUUCGGCAAGAAAAAGGAGGUCGUCCCCAUACUGGACCUCUCGAAGUCGAGCGCAACGACGCGGGAAGAGUUUAAGCGCAUGAUCGAGAAGGUACCGGACUAUAAGAUGCGCCCGAUCAAGGUACGGUCGGAUGAGAUCCGGUUCAAGGAGAAGGAGUACGGGUUCAAGAUGCAGAAAAAGGAAUUGCGGAUGUUGAUGAAGAAUGGCGGGGAACGGGAUAAGCUGUACGCGUACAUGGAUCCGAUACCGGGCGAGAUGCGCAAUUUGGUCAUAAUGGAGCUGUGCAGUGUGCCAAUCGAUUGGAAAAUGCUUACGAGCCAGCGCCCAAAAACAAAAGUUGAGGAGGAUUACUUUAGCAAAUUAGUCGAGUUGGGCAAACUGCAGAUUAAAACAAUCCAACGGGACAAACGGGAAAAUCUUCUUGCCACCUCGGUACGCAAGGUGAAAAACCGCUCCGGCAUUAUCGAAUCGCGCGUCUUCACCUGCAACGAAUGUAUGGAAGAGUUUUGUAAUGGUAAAACAUGUGCCGACUUCAACUACGACCUGUACACGCGUGUCGUUCCGAAAGCCCCUCUGCUGAAAACCAACUCGCAACAACAACUAUCACUCAACGGUGGUUCGGGUGGUGGUGGGGCCGGUAGGAUGCUGGGCGAUCUAAACCAGAAAAGCAUCGACAGUGGAAGCGGAACUGCAGCCGCUACGGGCGGUGGUGGAAAGAAGGGACGCAAAGGGGGACGCAAGAAGGGAUCCAAAUCGAAGGCAAAAUCGGUAGAAGCGAUCGAUGAGGAAGGCAAUCAGACGACCGGCACGAGCGGAGCGGGUGGACACGGUGGGGGCAAGAAAAAAGGCAAACGGUCGUCACGUAGCAAAACGCCACCAAAGUCAAAAUCGAUGGAAAAGUAAUCAAAGGCAAUAACCACCCGAGGGCAACACUGUCUGGGACCCACGGGCUCCCGUGUGCCACUUUCAGCGAUGAGGAUGGUAACGUUCGAACUUAUGAGCGAGUGCGUGUACUUUUUUGUGCUUUGCAAAGCUUGCCGAAGGAAGGAAAAACAUAACACGUGCAGCGGGUAAUUCACGUAUCCUGGGCCAAUUAUUUCGACCCGAUGGCGGUGAACGUGUAUGGUGGAAAGCUGCUUCGAACAAUCAGUUGAUAAGAAAGUGGAAAAUAACUUAUGUAUAAGAGUA